AUGGGAGAGGCUACUACGGGCACCUUUGGCCCUAGUACCAUCAAAGGUACUGGCAUUGCCCUGAUUGUACUCACUUCGCUGGUUGUAGGCACUCGUUUUGUUGGUUCCAUUCGAAGUUUCAAAGACCUCCAGGCUGAAGACUACCUUCUGAUUGUUGCAUACAUAUUCUUCCUGGAACUAAGCAUUCUCUAUAUCUACAUUUCUCCUGUCAUCUUUCGCAUCGCAGCAGUCAGUGCCGGAAAGAUUGCCCCCUAUGCCACCAUCUCGGAGGACGGACUUCGAUUACAGACUGUCUUCUUCGUCACGACCUCUUCAUUAUGGCUCUGUUUGUGGAUGGUCAAGUUCUCGCUCUUGGCAAUGUAUAAACGGUUGCUAGUCGGGAAAAAAUACCUCAUCGCCUGGUGGGUUAUUAUGGGAUUUUGUGUCCUGUUUAUUCUUGGCUGCAUUCUCUCAUCGUGGCUCUCGUGCUCUAGCUUCCAUGCCUGGUUUACUGCAGGCCAAUGCGACACUCCACGUGACCACCGGGCGGCCGUCAUCAGUUUAUACUACGCAUACGGGGUGGAUACAGUCACUGAUAUAGCAAUCAUGGUUCUCCCUAUCCGCCUUAUCUGGAAUCUACAAAUGAAAACCCGACAAAAGCUGAGUAUUGGCGGGCUAUUCUGCUUCGGCUGGAUUUGCAUCAUAAUUUCCACCAUCCGCGUCGUUCAGCUAGGCCAGACUGAAAACGGAGUCCCCGCUCCGUCAUGGCUAGCCCUAUGGGCAACCAUCGAGGCAUCAAUCGCCGUCAUGAUCGGAUGUUGCCCCGGCCUCUAUCGCGUCCUUAAAACUGCUCUAUCGCCCUCCAAGACAUCCUACCAAUAUGACACAUACAACUUGAGGGAGCGGGGAGGCAGUGGUAUACCAUCGCACCGCUCGGGUGCAUUUGUGGGAACUGAUGUUCCUUUGAACAGCUUUAGGGGGAAAGAGGAGGUAUACCAGUCGGCGAGUGCAUACCAUUUUACCAGUCCAUCAAGCAGUCAGGAGAAAUUGACGCACCCGAGUGACAAGCGGAAUAUAAUGGUUAAUUACGGAGUUGCCGUGACGGUAGAGAAUCGGCCGAGUGAUUAUCGUCAGACGGAGCAUCUCGUGUAA